CGUGGCGUUUGGUCUGGCCCAAUUUGUUCUGGCGGUCGUAGCUCUCAGCGACCUUCCUUCUGUUGGCCACCUCACUCCCGUCGUUCCUUCGUCCCACAUUCUUUCAUCUCAACACACAACAUGGGUGCUAAUCUGUCAAAGGCUUUGGGAAGGUUGUUUGGGAACAAGGAGAUGAGGCUGCUCAUGUUGGGUCUCGAUGCCGCCGGGAAGACAACCAUUCUUUACAAGCUCAAGUUGAACCAGUCUGUCACAACGAUCCCGACAGUUGGAUUCAACGUCGAGACUGUAACCUACAAGAACGUUAAGUUCAAUGUCUGGGAUGUCGGUGGCCAGGACAAGAUUCGGCCCCUCUGGAGGCAUUACUACACGGGGACGCAGGGUCUCGUGUUCGUCGUGGACAGUCAAGAUAGGGAGCGGAUAGAUGAAGCUAGACAGGAGUUGCACCGGAUAUUGAGUGACCGGGAGAUGAAGGAGUGUCUUUUGCUUGUGUUCGCCAAUAAGCAGGAUCUGCCAGGAGCCAUGCCACCGUCAGAGGUGACAGAGAAAUUGGGGUUGCAUCGGAUGCGCGAUAGGUCAUGGUAUGUUCACCCGAGUUGUGCUACGACUGGAGAAGGAUUGUUCGAGGGUCUCCAGUGGCUCUCGCAAAACGUCAAGAAGCGCCAGUCAUAAGAAGUCAUAUAAGAUACCAUUCUGUCUCCGGGUUCUGGCUGCUGUAACCUGCUCGAUACCCGUCCGUCCUCUCUGGUAAUCUGGUUAAUCUUGAUACUCAUGGCCCGCACGAACGCUUGCACGACGGACACGCCGGUCCACACGUCUGUUUUCCUCGCUUCUCUCAAUUCUAGGACAUCUUUGCUUACCCUCCUCGAUGAUACACCUAUGUACAUGCACUUUAAUGGAUCUCUGUGUUCUGUCGGCGCGGUCACCUACGUUUCGCGCAUUCUCCAGCGUAUAUAUGAGCUUUUCUCCAUCCGUGAGUGGCGGUCACGACACUGGUAGGCGUACAUACAGUGAAGAUAAUACUCGGA